AUUCUGGCUCGGUCGAGCUAGAAGUAGGCAAGAAUGAUGCUUAGAAAGCAAUACAUAGAAAAUAGACGCCCCAGCACACACAAGAACAUUCUGAGUCUUUUGUUUUUUGAAGACUUGAUACAAAAAAAGGAGGAGUUUUGACCUUAACGAAUCGAGGCGGUGGUGGCGCAUGAAUGAAAAUGACGAGGUAUUCGUUCCGCCGCAUUAUUCUUACGCGGCCCUUGCGAGGAUUAUUAAUUUUAAUUUUUAUUACUCGAGUUUUUCCCGUUCUAGUUGAAUAAGCUUAACUAUGUACUAGAAGGACCCUUCAUUCUAAUAAAAUAAGAUCACUACAAGAAAAGGCAGUCGUUGGUUUAAACCCUGAUCAUGACGAGCACCCAAGGUUUAUCUUUAGGCGGCACUGUUGAUGUCGGACUACAGGCCGCCACUAUUUGUCCUGCUACAGUAGAGGUGCGGACAUUGACAAUGUCUAUGCUUCGAAAGCGAGUGAACUCGGUAUUGCGAUUUGACUUGUGGAAUUUUGUUUGGCGAACCUCCACGUACAAAAAAGUCUGUCAUUUUUGCUUGACCUUCUUUUAAUCAGAAUCAACCGUGGCGAGGAGCUGUUUAUACUGCCAGUUCAUCAACAUAGGUCUAACAAAUUAUAUAUGUGAUAGAAAAUUUUUCAUCAAUACAAAAUACGUAGGCCAUCUAACAAAUAGAAAGGCUAAGACGCUAACUAAGACGCUAAUGUUCCUCUCCACCUGCUUCCUGUUUCUACUACUCACGACACUUCUUCUAUCUUCCUGCCUCUACUACUCAAAAUCCGAGGUGAAGCGUGGGAAGGACGAAAGCGUGAAGAGCUGGAUGAAAAAAAUAACGCAUUUACACCUAGAGGAAUUGGAUAUAACGCGAUGGGGGCAAACGUUUGGUGCCAACGUUCCGAAUUUGAAAGUGCUCUAUUGCUAUGACAAUGCACUUUCCCAAGUGGAUCCGCUUUUAUGAUCGCCUUGAAGAACAAAGAUGAACACGAUAGAAUAAAUUAUAGGUGAUAAAUAUCAACUUCAACAUCGCCCCCGAUAUUAUUUUACUGUUGAAGUUGAUAUGUUUAUGUCGUGGUCGGAAGAUUUAUUAUUGUUUUUAGAUGAAGCAGCAGGAGUAGUAAUUGUAAGGCGACUUCUGAGUAUGCAGAUAGUCCAAAAAAGCUGCGAAGAUAUGUUCUUCUACCACAACACGACUACCUUGAAUUUUUUGUUGUGCACCGUGUAUUGCAUCGAUACAAAUCAUAAAUAUCAACUUCAACCUCGCGCCCCCCCCCGAUAUCAUUUUACAACUGUUGAAGUUGCUAUGAAUGUUUAUGUCGUGGUCGGAAGAUUUAUUAUAUAUUGUUUUUAGAUUCAUUUCAGCCACUGAAAGUCGAGCUUCUGUACUUGCAGAACAACGCGUUGCCGGAGUUCGCUUUCGAGAACAUCUUUAUGACGCGGGAACAGCUGUCUAGACUUCAGCUUGCUGCGACUGAGCAGAAGUCAAGUACGGAGUCGGAGGAUCAGUCUGCAGCUGAAGGUUGCUCAGUAGCAGCAGCAGCGUCGGGAGGCGACGAACGAGUGGAGCAAGAGUUAAUAUGUUAUCAGGCUGUGAAAAGGUUUAAAAUUUUUACUUACAAAGAUCAGGGACAUCGACGGACAACUUUCUAACCUUUAUACUUACAAACUUACUACAUGGGUCCAUCCUCGUCGUAUCCAUAUUCAAGAUUAUAUCGAAGUUUCACCAUUGCCGGCGUUAGAGUUGGAGCGUAUAGCGACAACACCUUCAAUAAGAUGUGGCUCAUCUUGAGAGUUUUCUUCAGAUUUCAGUUUCACUUCUCGUCGAGGCAGCAAAAGCGUGUGGCGCAGAGGAGGGGCGUCGAGGUAGCAAAAGCGCAGCAGCGGAGCAGCACGCAUGCAGUUUGCGCAGCUUGAAUCUUUCUGGAAAUAAGCUAGAGUCUCUCGACUUCAGUUCCGAGAAUUAUGUUGAGUCGUCGAAAAAUGUUUCAUUUUAAGUUAGUAUGAGAAAAAAAUUAGUAUCCUCGUAUUCUUACAUUGGAGUUUUCUCGACAUCUUCGUCUUCCACCGGGUAAUUUCCGUCAUUCACAUCACUAUUUGUUUCCGUAAAGACAUUUUCCAUCGUCCGGUAAGUACCACUAGCUGGGAAAACUACCUUGUUUUCCACAAGUAUGAACAAUGUCUGUGUACCUCGAACAAGUCACAAUCCCCUAUUUAAUUACGACAAAAAUCUAAGAUUUGUUUGCCGACAGCAGCGUACGACUUCCCUCGCUUUCCUGGUUAGCGAUGUCCAGCAACCCGUAUUUGGAGACUUUAUAUCUUUCAGGGGUCGCCUCAACCUUGGAGUUUUUGGACGUGCGUGGAUGCAAGCUCACCACUCUUCAGCCAACGGCCUGUCUUGUCAAUCUGAAAAUUCUCCACUGCGAAAACAACGAGCUGGAGUCCCUGCAAGACGCUGUGCUAUGACUACUUGGACGAAAAUACUUAGUAGUGAAGAUUGACAUGACUGGACGUAGAAGACGAGAAUUAUAAGAAUAUAUAUGUUGCACUUGUACAGAUUGACUUCACUGAACAUGGAUAGCCAUAGCAAGCAAAAGAAAUUGAAAUUCUAAGUAAGUACCAAAAUCGAUAAUUGAGUAAGUACUAAUUGUAAGCAUAGUGGUUUGAAAUAUUAGCACACUGACGCUCCAUAAAAAACGUUUCUCAAAUUACUCGACCCACUGCAGGAGCCUACUAGGAGAUGAUUUAAGAUGAUUUCAAUGAACUACAUUUCUCCCCUUUCAUGAGCCGAGUCCUUGCCGACCCAACAGUUGACCCUGUUCACGGUGCAUCCGAAUCCGUUUACCAAAUCAGAGAAGAAGUACCAGGAGCCACUGAUUUUGACCGCGCCACGCCUCGAAAAAAUCGACCAACGGGACAUCACAGAUACCGAAAGGACGUUUCUACAGGAAUUGUGGCGUCGACGUCACGAACGCGCCUCCAAUGAAUCCGCCACUGCGGCUGCGGAGUCGUGAUGUGCUGCGGACACUCUUGAUGAAAGAGGGCGAGAGAAUGCGAAUGGGAUGACCACACAGGCGCAGUCUUGGCUCUUAGACUUAGCUCUCAGUAGAGAAUGAGAAGAUACAGAAUAGAACACACAGGAUGAAAAAGAUAAAAACGUCAAAUCUUUGUGAAAGAGUUGGAAAAUCUCUACUUAGUAGUUCUUGUUGCGACGCAAUUAUACCAAACAUGCGAUAUGAAAGAAUAUGAAGAGAUUCUUGGGGUAAAGACACGAGGAUGUGACUGGGUUCGCGAAAAGCGUUGUUUGGUCGCUCUUGUAGCAGGUGGAACGACUCCAUUCUUAUUUUUUGUUUCAUCAAAAACAAAAAAUAGCUGUUGCGGAUUAAUAUCAAC